CCACUUGCACGCCGACCGCUCGAGCCGACGCGUCGCGUCAAAAACCGCGGGAACACUGACAUCUCCGUCCUUGGAUCGAUUUGAAAAAAGAAUGUGAUUGUUUUUUUUUUAUUUAGUGCAAAAACUGUUGUGGAUUGUUAUCAACCUCCAUGGAAGUUUAUUUGGAUAGUGAUGUUUUCCUGAAUUUUCUUUGAUGAUGAAGAAAACAGCUGUUCAAGGAAUGGGCCAGAGAACGACACAAAAUAAUCAAACAAACGCCAUCUGUUGGCUAGGAACAAAAUGACAAACAAAGCAUAUCUCAGGAUUGGUACAAUGUUUCGACGCGAGAUGGCGCGAGUAUUACUACUUAUGAUGGCGGUUAUUGCGAUGGCGGCGGGAGCUUCCACCUCUGACGAAGAGGUGGCGCUAGCAAACAUCACCAGAUCCGCUAGUGGAGAUUAUUUUUCUCUCAAAGGAUCAGACUGUGGGCCCACUCGUUGCAUGGAGGCUUCUCAUGGAACUGCUCUCUCAGCAAUCGGUGGUGCUGGUGACAGUGGCUGCCGCUGCCAAUGUCGUCGGGAUACUCCCGCUUUUCGGGAGGAUCAGCAUAUAUGCGUCAAUCAUAUUGAUGAAUGUCUGAUGGCAAGCUUUGGUCGUGGUGCGACGAAACCUCAAAUUCCCUUCGUUUUCUUACCGCUGAAAGGACAAAUCAUUUACCCGUCGAAAGAAAUUAUUUUUACUGACGUAGAAGACGCAAUAUGCGCUGUGACAAGCGCUCAGUACCUGUCACCCUCUGGAUGGGUGACUCUUCGCGACCUAAUCGACAACGACGUCCCCUUCGGCUUAUACCGAGACGAGGGGAGCACUUUCCUACAGUGGCGCGGGUCGGCGACACUGCACGCGAGAUUGGAGGGACGUUUGGUCGCCGCUCAUGUUCUAUGUUCCUCGUCCACUCCCUCACGGCUUGUUGCCAGCUGCGCAGCAUUCCGCAUAGCAGGUGCAACCCAAAACGCUUUGCUUGAUGUACGUUCAAUACCCUUCCACGCUGGCGAGCUAAUUACAUCGGAAUCAACGUCGCAAAAUCAGGGGCUCAGUGUUCUGGAGGCUUUAGCCAUUGGAGUGUGCGUGCUGCUACUGAUUUUCGUUUAUGCAGCUGGAAUUAUUUUCUAUGUUCAUUACAAGCAGAGGCAAAAGCGCAAAGAAAAGGACCCGGAACAAAACCAUGCAAAUACUAUGUCCACAGAUAACGGGUCUAUGGAAUCACGCAUCGAUAUGAGCAAUGUGAUGUUGAAAACAAAUCCCUUAUUGAAACUGAAUGGUAUGAGUGGUGAUUUCCUGCAUGACACGGGUUUUUCUGAUGGCAGUGAACGUAACGAAGAUACUCUUGACUCAUCCUCUAAUAACACACACACGCAUAAUUCUAUGCACAAGUUCCAGAAAUUAAAUGCCAACUCAGUGAUAUCUGCAAUGGUGCACUCAAGGAGGAAAAAGACUCUCAGGCCAUCUAUAAGAAAUGCAAGUUCACCAGAGCCAAUGAAUGAACGUGUCCAAAGACGAUCAGCAUCACCUGAUACUCUGGAAAGAGCCCCACAUUCUGAACUGUCAAUUGUAGAUUGUACAAUGGAAAAUAAUAACUACAACGCAAACCGACAACUGCCACCUUCAAAUGGGGAUUCUUCAUAUAGAAAGAAAUUGUAUUUCAAUCCAGUCUUUUUCGAAACCGAACUUCUGAAGAAUCCACCACCAGCUGCAAUAGAAUUCUUGAUUAAAAUUCGUGAAGUUAUGUCAGUCGCUAAAGAAAAGAUGACAUCGAAACGAUUCAUCCCAAUAUUAUCUGAUAUACCGGAGGAAGAUAUGUACCAUGCUGUAGAUCUAGGAUGGGACAUACCUUGCGCACGACGUGGUCGUAGAUUUAGUGCAAUAAGUCUUAAACAAGAGAACAGUCGCAAGACUGCCGUCUGCGGAGGAUGUCCAGGCUGCGAUAGUAAAGCAAAACCACAUAAGGUAGCUCUUACGAGAUCAAACUCUUGCAAGUCAUGUGUAAGUGAAGAUUAUAAACAAAGAAUAGUUAGAAAAUGGCUUGAUGAAGUGCCGUUGCCUACUAAUAAUGCUAAACCAAUGAAAUCUGUGGCAAAGGUUAAUGGAACUCCAAGAGUUGUAGAGCCUCCAAAGAAAGAAGAGCCGCGUCCUAAAUCGGAUGGAACAGUUAAAAAUGAGACAACGAAACCGAAGAUCACUGAAACCAAGCUUAAAGCAGAAAAGAAAUCGAAGAUUAUUGAAACCAAACCCAAAGUUUCGGAAAGUAAACCUAAGACUACGGACACUAAACCAAAAGUCACUGAAAUAAUAGCUAAAGAGAAUAUGCGGGACAUUGAUUCUAAAGAAAACUUUACUAAAGAACUUAACUUACAAGAAAUGAAAAUAAUCAGUAAACCAAUUAAUCCAAAAGAAAUUGAGAUCAUCAGAGUAACUACAGUUCCAGACCUCAAUGGAUUGAACAAUCUCGUAAAUAUCAAUGAAGCUGACAAAAUACCAAAACCUGCUACUCCAACUCCUCCCCAAGAAAAGAAGAGUCCGUCAAGCCACACAUCUCGACGAAUUAGAAAGAAACUUCCACCACCACCACCUCCCCCGGCCGUUCCGCCAGAACUUCCCAAAGGCGAUGAUGAAGAGGCACCAAUACCACCCGAAGUCAAGGUAAAGAUGGAAGCCGUUAUACGUGAGCUGAAUACUUGCAGACGUGUAGAGCCAAUAGAGAUAGAAGAAAUGAAACUGGAAACUAUCGCUCCAAUUGCACCUAAAAUAGUUAUACCCGUAAUAGCAGCCGAUAACCACUAUUACAGUGAUGACAAUACGCUCUCCACAAGAAAGAAGAAGCAAAUUUAUGGCAGUCAAGAUAACUUUAUGGAGUUUGAUAGUUUGGAGCGUAACAUGCUUAAGAGGCGCAGAUUCUCAGUCGCUUGUGGACCAGAGUUAUUCCAUAAUGAUAGAUUUGAACAUGGCCACAAUUUGUUAGACACUAGAGAACGAUUAACAAGUAGCUGGCUCGACGUUAAGAAGGCUGAAAAUCCUCCAGUUGUAAAUCAAAUCGUAACAACGAACGAAGUAUUUAUUCAAAGCAUGGAACCUACGUAUAAUAAUCUUGAUGAUCUAUCAAAGCCUGGUCCAUUAACCAUACAAGUCCGCGGUUCUCCGAUAGAAAGUCGGCGCAAUUAUAACAAAGAUGAUUUUGAUCCGGACACUCUUGACAGGCGUGAUACUAAGAAACGUGUAGAGAAAAUAUUGCUGAAAUCAGCCGGCAGCUUCAAGUACAAGUCGACGUCAUCAGAGAGUGAGUCAUGCAGGAAAUCACCAAUAGCUAUCACGACUCGAAAGAUUGGCAAUCUGCGACAAAUAUACGAAGCUAAGGCAAAGGCACAAGAAGAAGAAAUGAAGUUCUAUAGCAGACGUGGAAGCGUUACAUAUGGACAAGAUCUGUCCGCAUUUAUUAGAUCUGGUAAGACUCCAGAUCUGAUCAGACACAUUGAGGGACAAAAGGAUCCUAAACCUCCGAUACCACCAAAACAACGCCGAGGUUCUGAAUUCUACAGUUCUACCCGUGAAAGUCCACCUGGAGAUCGCCGUAGAAUGUUAGAAGACAGGGACAAAUUCUCCCAAUAUACCAGACUUGAUAAUUUGAACGCUCGACGAUCUGGACGUCGAUCUGCCAGGACUAGAUCACGAAGAACUGAUAUUAGAAAACUAUACAGAACCGAAGACUCUGGAUACAUGAGUACAGACUCAAAUGAAUCGAAAUGUAGAGCGCGUUACUUGAUGCAAUUGAGACCCGUGAAGACCGUUGUGCCAGAUCCUAUUCCAGUGCCAGCCACUCGAACUACUAUUGUGAAAACAUCUGUUCUGCAAAUAGAAUCCGACACAGAUGAUUUGGAAUCGCUAUGUGAUGGAAGAAGUGAAUCAGGUGGUGAGAGUGUCGAAACGGAUUCAGUCUUCUUUGGCAAUUUCGAUGAUUCGAAAGAGAUGUUUGCUGAAUUGGGUCUGAGUGCUUUUGAGCCUCAAAAUAAGAUGAUGCAGAGUCACGAACAGAUUGAUUCAGGGUUUAUGGGAGAGACCAAUAUAAUUUUAAGUGGAGACAGUGACUCGGAGCAUAGGAGUGUGAUAUCUAUAAUGACUGGGCACGAUGGCAGAGCUUCAGCUGCCUCAAUUAGCAAAUUAGACGAAGCACCUUAUAUGCAUACCAUAGAGUGUUGAACAAAUGUAAUUAUAUAAUUAUUUGUAAAUGAAAUUGUACAUAAAAAUUGCCAAUUUAAAUACAAUUAUAUGGAAAUUUAUUGAAUACCACUUAAGUAGCACUUGUAAUUAGGUUUAAAAUCGAAUAAUAAAUGCAUGCCUUGAUUGAAUUUAGUAGAAGAUAUUUAGAAUUUGUAUAAUGUAAUGAUUGUUAUGUAAAAUUUUGAAUCAAUUGUGAAUAUUAUUAGAAUGUUUGUUUGUCUUUAAGUAAGUUGAUAGUCACCGAAUUUUACCUCAAAACUAAAACGGUGAUGCCGUGCGAUAGUUUUCUGUGUAAAUUCUAUCUACUUUUGUCUUACUUUUUUAUCUUAAGAUUAAUUUAUUGAGACCGUUCAUUAGAUGAACAGCCCACCAUUAAUGUUCGUGCCUAAAUGUUAAAUUAAUUUAUCUGUUUGUUAAUUGUUAUAAUAUUCUUUCGAUUUAAUUAAUUGUUAUCUUCAUAAUAUGCCAUUUUAUGCUCAAUUUAUGUUUAAUCAUCGUUUUUAGUUUUAAUGUAUAUAAAUAAAGUAAUUAGUAGGUAUAAUGUGUUACGAGUAUGUAAAUUUAUAGCCGGCCGGUUGUGCAAUUAAAUUUUUAUUAGUUUUUCGAGAAAUAAAUGGAUUGGAGUAUUUUUAUGGUGUAUGGUAUACGUAAGAGGCUCAAUUAUUUAUUGAAAAAUUUAUAUGUAAGUGAGAUAAUUAUUGUUUAAACAAAAUAUUUGCAAUAUAAAUGUAAUCCUUAAUUUAGUCAGUAGUGUUUGUAAGAGGGACUGUGUUUUGUAAAGAUAAUAUUUUCAGACUUUGUAAAUAAAGUCGUUAUAGAAAAUAUUUUUG